UCCAUCCGUCGACCAUCCAUACAUACAAAAAUUCGUCACUUGAAAGUACAAACUUUUGAGAGCUGGCGCCAACCCAAGAUAUGGAAAUGCCAGCUUCUGUAGAGGAUGACACACCUUGCUGCACCCGGAAAUUCAACAGCAGUGCGGUCAAGAGGAUCCAGAGGGAGCUGGAGGAGAUGUCGCGGGAUCCGCCGCCGCACUGCAGCGCCGGGCCGAAGGAGGACAACCUGUACGAGUGGACCUCGACGAUCAUCGGACCAACGGACUCCGUCUACGAGGGCGGCAUAUUCAAGCUGGACAUACUCUUUCCGGUUGAGUAUCCUUUUGUGCCGCCGAGUGUCGUGUUCCGCACGCCCAUCUAUCACUGCAACAUCGAUCGCCUGGGCUUCAUCUGCCUGGACAUCCUGAAGGAGAACUGGUCGCCGGCACUGACCAUCUCGAAGAUUCUGCUAUCCAUUUGCUCCCUACUCACCGACUGCAAUCCCAGGGAUCCGCUGGUGAACAGUAUUGCCGUCGAAUAUCUGAACAACCGAGUGGAACAUGACAAGAUAGCGCGUCUCUGGACCAAACGUUAUGCCAAGGACGACUAGGGUCUGAAACUCUUAAUGCCCCAAAAGCCAUUAAGUCCGCCAAAUUAAGAGUAGGUUCAGCCUUAAAUCGACGAUUUGUAGAUCUUUUUGUUGUUCACCGCGUUGUUAAAUGCAAUAUACCCAUGCUGUUCGAUCACUCGG